GAGCGGAGAAAACUGGGGGCGUGGAAUUUGAAUCUGCUCCUACCAGCCACGCUCGCUCACCAGAUACACAUUUGGAGAAGUUCUAACAGAAGAAAGGAGUGUUUUUGGCAGUAAUGCGCCAUAACGUUGGAUGCCAACCGCUGAUAAACCCCACAGACGAAGAGUGUAGUUGUUGAUUGCUAAAUCUCGGUUGGGAAUAUGCAUGUUUACCAUUGAUCUCCGGUACGUGUGAGGAGAGGAGCGGCGUAGGCUUUCUAAUUAAACUCUUCAAUUCAACUUUUGAGGAUGGUGUUCUGGGACAGAUAGAGCUGACACAACAUGUAUAACGCUUGUGAAAAUGCCAGAUCAAGAGAAUGGAGUGACGGUGACGGAUACAGCUGCCAUAGUAUGGCUCACUGGGAAAGUGAUCCCCCAGCUGGAGAAAGACAGUACCUCACCCAACAGGAAAGGGAACACCAGUGGCUGAACCAUGAGGAUUCUGUGCAGGCCCACUACAACUCCCAUCAACAAAACUCUCAGAUGGACUUCCGUGGACAUCGGACACAAGAGACCCAGCCACCGCCUCUGUAUCAUCAGGACCAUCGCAGAAGUCAGAACAUAAGGGAUAGGCCCAAUCUCUAUGGACCCUUGAGAGAACAGGCUCCUCCUAAUGUAACCUUACACUGCAGUGGAGACAUAACAGAAAUGUGGGCUAGCCAUGAACCCCAAUUCCCCAGCAAUGACUUUUUACCCCCACUCAAUGUCGAAAGAGGGCAUGAGGAUAUUUUCCAUCACCAUAACACCGACCAGGAUUAUCUGGUUGGUCGUGGAGUGAAUCAUAACAAUCUCCAUUACUUGGAAAGCAAAUGGCAGAUGUUCGAUCCCACCCAUUCCAAUGGACAUGCUAGAGGACAUUGCCAUGUACAUUCAAGGGGACAUUCUACUGAAUGCUCAAGGGGACGUUCUAGGGGUGGUUCCCGUGGAAAUUCUAGGGGUGGUUCUAGUAUAUGUUCUUGGGGUGGUUCCAGGGGUCGGUCUAGUGGACGUUCUCGGGGUGGUUCCAGGGGUCGGUCUAGUGGACGUUCGAGGGGUGGGUCUAGUGGACGUUCUAGGGCCCAUUCCAAAUCAGCCAGCCAUGGUAUACUAGGACCUAGUGUUCGUUCCCAAGCUAUAACACAAAAAACAGAUACUCUUCCUGGCAAUGUUGCACUGGUUUCUCACACCCAGACCUCUGCCACCACUGACCAGCAAUAUGCUCCCUCUCCUCCCAAACCUCUCACUGAGACACUUCAGGAAAAACCUCCUCAUAAACAUAAGAUCUCACUCAAUGAAAUACAGGACUGGCUCCACAGUGUUUUAAGAUCUAAAAAUGGACCCGUAAAUGGGAACAACUCCACACAAGACCCCUCCCAGGCACAACAAUUCAGCACAGAGAAGAUGGAUAUUUUACAAGCAGGCAAAAGGCACCUACAUAGUAACACCAAAGACAACCAGGUGAGGCCCCCUGAGAGGUUUAGUCCUGAGGACUCCACUAUACGGCUAGAGAUUAAGUCCACCCCCAGGUGCAUGACCCUGACGGCAGUCGCCACCACUCCGCCCCCUGUGGCUAUUGUUCCUCCAAUGGGUCCACAGCAGUCCCCAGAGCCAAUGGAGACAGAGAAUACAGGCAAUGAGCUGCCAUUUAAGAUUUUACGGGCCUGGUCCAUCAACGAACAACAAGUGGAAAGCCUGUGGGAAAGAGAUAAAGAUGAUGCAAGUUCUCUAUCUGUCCUAAAUGAGCCGGUUCAAGUUGAGAGUUUUAUGGAGUAUGAUAAGCCUGUAGAUGCAUCUGCAACAAGUUCACUGGCAUCUACUGGAGAGGACAAUGAUGAGGUCCUUCAGGUCAUCACACAAAUGGACAAGAGUUCACCUUCACCAUUUGUCCACACCAUCCCUCAGGCAACUGAUAUUGUACGCACCGGAGGUACCCAGACAACCGUGGAAGUUAGCUCCAACGGCGCAGAUGAGAGAUCUCUUGUUUUGUCCACAAUUGCUGAAGUUCAGUUCAAGUUACGUACGCUGCAGCAACUGGUUAGUUAUCGGGAGAAGGCAGCAACAAUCACAGAGGCAAAGGAUGGUUGUCUAGAAGCCAUAUUGGAGCAGUAUUGGGGCGGGGAAACCUCUAACCUGGUAGAAGCUUUAAAAGAUAAAAGAGAUAAGGAAAUCAUGCGAGAUGUGUCUGCCUGGGCCGCAGAGGAUGAGGAAGCAGUGGUUCUCUUUGCAGUCAGUGGUAUAUCACUGGGGGAAGUGGUCGAGAAGUUUCCCAUUCAAGCGCAUGUUGACAGCUCUUCCCAAGUGGGUUACAGGUCAUCCUGGUUAAAUGUCAACGAGAAGCUGAAUGACAUUGACAAAGAAUCUGGAAGAGCUUGGUCUCUCUGGUUCAUACCAGAUAAAGCAGAGGAGAGUUCCAAAGUUGUUGGGGGAGUCAAAAUGGAUGACACCUUCCACAGCAAGGUGGAGACUGUGGAAUUUCCUGCACGACAACCCGUUGAAGCAACAGGCUCAGACCUCACAACAAACAUAGACCUCAUGAUGGUUGCAGACUCCUCAACAGACACAGACCUUCCAACAGAUGCAGACUCAGAGACCGAACCCCUUUCCCCAAUGAUUUUGACCGUCCUCACACCAGAGAAUGCUGUGAAACUGCUUGCUGAAACAGAGGCACCAGGCGCAGACCUCACAACAGACUCAAACUGCCCAACAAAUGUCGACCUCACAACCGACUCGGACACAGACCCCCUUUCCCCAAUGCAUUUGACCGUCCUGACAUCUGAGGAUGCCAUGAGACUGUUUUGCCAGAUCGAAAAUGGCUCUGACCUCCAACUCGGGUCCCAUGAACCAUGCUCUGAAGACAAAGACAAGACAAAGCAACCAGAGAAUAUAGAAAGUGGCAGCUUAGAUAUGUCCUGCUACUGUCCUUGUAUUAUUGAAACUGACAAUGGGUUUGAAAGUGGCCUAUGCACCAGUUGUCAGAGGGAGAAAGAACUGCAGCAAAGUACAAGAUGCUUAACAAUCGCUCAAUGCUUUACCCUGUUAGAUACAAGCGACAAUUCAGAUCAGGAGACAGAAGAGGUCCCUAAGGACUCUGGGGGGAAGGCGACUGUGGACAAUCAAUGCAGGGACAAGAAGCAGAUACAAUCAACUGAAGAAGAGGGUGAUGACAAUCAAUCCUGUGAAAAUAAGACAGAGGGAGAAAUGCAGCAAUGCACAGGUGUCAUACCGAUCACUGACUUUUUUUUCUGGUCAGAUACAAUUGAGGAUUCAGAUCAGGAGACAGAGGAGAACCCUAAUGAACAACAUGCUCAGAUUGAGGCUCAUGCUUCUAAUGUUAAAAGGACAGAGCCUGAAACUGAUGCCAAAGCACGCUGUGAGUCAGCUCAAGGACAUACUACCCAAAGCAAAGUCAGUCCUGGUUCUGAGGAUAGGGAAAUACCGCAAGAGAAGGACCAAGACUGUAGGACAAGUACAUUACCAAUUCACAGGUUUGAAAACCACGCUAAGUUAAGAGCUAACAUCAUAGCAGACAAGUGGUGUUCACCUGUAGAGGACUGUGGUUCACCUGCAGAGAAGUAUGACAAAGUUGCUGACUUUGUCACUCAAUACAAAACCAAUACCAUAACAAAACUCAAUACAAAACCAAAAAAGAAAAAAGUUAAAGAAAAAAUGGAAAAGGAGGAAACCCUCCAUCCAACAUCAUCUGACAGACAAAAGCCUGAGAAAUGCCAUGGGAGAGCAGAGAGGGGACAGUCACCAUCCCAACCCCCUAAGAGCUCUGGGGUGAAGGCCACUUUGAAUAAUCAACGCAGGGACAAGAAGCCACAUGCGUCACACAAGAGGAGACAUUUGACUGAGAGCGAUGAAAGUCGAUGCAAAGACAAGAGGAGGGGAUCAUCAACUGAGAAAGAGCGUGAGGGCAGUCAAUCCAGGGACAAUAAGCCACCGAAGAGGAGACAUUCAACUGAGAAAGAGGGUGAGGACAAUCAAAGUAGAGACAAGAAGGGGAGACUUUCAAUGGAAAAACUGGGUGAGGGCAGUCAAUCUAGGUACAAGACGUCACAGAAGAGGAGAAAUUCAACUAAAACUGAAAGCAGGAACUCCAAAGAGUUACAGUGCCAGUUGGUGGAAAGCGAGAACGACAGAGGCAGUAAGAACUCACUGCCGUGCCCUGGGGUGAAAACCCUCCAUGUGCUGGGAUCCUCAUCUACCACUGUUCCUCUCAAACUCUCCCUAAACAUCCGCAAAAAGCCUUCCACAAAUGGCUCACCCUCAACACAUACUGAGGAAGUCCCCAAAAGGCCAAAGACUGAAACCCUAUACAAAACUAGCAGACACCACUCCCCUGCAAUGUCAGUGUCUCCUGUUGUCAAAGAGAGGCAGAGGAACGGUGUGAAACACAAGCAAACAAUUAAACCCCUAAAAGUCAGAUUGAAAAAGCUGUCCUUACCCAAACAUCUUGUCAGGAAAGGUUGCCCACCAAGGCAGAAGAGGGUGGAGGAUAGAGGAGACCCUCUGAGUUUAGGGGUAAUGGUCUCUAAGAAUCCUGACUCGUGCAAGAAACUAAAACGUAAGGCAGAUGGCGACUUGACAUCCCAACAGAUGUCAAAUAUUCCGAAGGUGUUGAAUAGGAAUGAGACAGGAAAGUUGUCAAAAAGCGAGCGUGAGCGCGACUCGCUGCCCCACAAGCCAAAGCUGCCAAGGAUUCUGAAGCUUCUAAGAACUCCGGAGGUUUCAAAGGAUGGGAAUGAGAGAGAGAACAGAGAAGAGACAUCUCCCAGUGCUUCACCUGAAUCACAAAUGAUGAACAAACCUGCAAGAGUGGCACACAAGCCCAAAAAUUGUAUCAAGCCUGCCAGUCCCAAUGGUUAUAGCCCAGGUAGUCAUGCUUGCUCUAAUCCGGCUAGGAUAUCACAGCAACAUGGCAAUGGACAUUGUGGGGCAAAAGUUACUGCGAGGCAGCAGGUGUUCUCAGAUUGGGAGAGCAGCUUUGUCCCGACUCCAACCCCCCGGACUCGUAGACGAUCAGGGUGUCCUCCAGAGGAAGUGGAAGGUCCACAGGCCAGUCCCAGGUGCAGCUCGGAGACCAGGAUCAUUCGACCCAUUCUAAAACGUGUCGAUGCUCCGCCAAAACCCAAGCGGAAUGUCAGCUUUCCUUUGAAUCCAAUGUACGUGCACUACUUCAAUCCCCGUGAAUAUGAAAAUCACGUAAUGUUCAACAGGUCUUACACAGAUCCGGAAGAUGCACAGCCUUCUGACGAUGAAGAGGAAGAUGCUUCUGUGAACUGCCAGAAUCUGAAGGAACAGUCCCCUCUUAGGGAAGAGAAGCGGCGAGAUCUAGGGGAGCUGAAGCCUGGACCAAGCGCUGCAUGUGAAAAGAGCUUCAAGAGGAAGCGGGAAAUGCAGGAGCCUGCUGCCAUUUUGAUGAAGAAGAGCAUUGUUCAGGCAAAGCAUUUGACAAAGUCUCUCCAUCAUGAACCUCCAAAAGACUCCAGACACUCGGCAAGAAAAACUGGAGUUGGUUACAAGUGGUCAGAGAAGCAGAGGAAGAGGCCAAAUGAAAUUGAAGGUACGUCGCAGGCUAUGCCAGCCUCACGUGGUACCUCUCUGAAUGCAAGCCUCCCUCACGGUCACCAUCCAGGUUCCUCUCAGAAUGUAAGCCCCCAUCGUGGUUACCAUUCAUCCUCCAGCCAAGGAAGAAGAGUUGAGCCAACGGCCAGUCCCCAUAGCUCUCCUGUGGGCGGCUGGAACGAGCGGUGGUCAGGAGAUUUGUAAGCAUAUCAGUCGGCCCUGACAGGAUACAUGAGACGGGAACAGUAGUUGAUGGCAACUGGCGAAGACAAUACUUUUACCUCAAACCUGACAUCAUUCAUAUGCUGUUAUUUUUUUUUUAAACUUUAAACAUUACAGACAGCCAUAUUUAGGCUACAUUAUGCAGUUUACUUUUCUACAUGUUUGUAUCUGUUUUUAAAUGAAUAGACAUCUGAUUUCUCUCCCUAUAAUAGGUUCGGUUAGCUGUGGUUGAAACCGUCAGACGUAUGUUUUAUAUACCAUGCCUUACUGUUACUCUUGACACAUAAGGGUGAUUGGUGUCCGGUUACUCGUACUCUUAUAGUAUUGUUUGCCUACAUUGUUAGAGCAUCAUAGUGAUGGUAUUGUACAUUGUAUUAAGUUUGUUUACAGUCUUUUUUUAUUGACUGUUUUAUUGCAGCCAGAACCAAAGCUAAAGGGGAGAAACCAGACUGAGCGUAUUGUUUUAUGAGAUUCUGCAGUCUCAUACACAACGAAAUGUGUCAAUUGUAACAUGUUUUUUUAACACUGGUGAUCAAAUGAAUCAUAGAUAUCCGUCAUCAAAUGAUAUUUGAAGCCAUUGUCACUUUGUUUGAUGAAGUUCCUUGCACUGGGUUUAUAGUUAUCUGUGGCCGUAGAUGUUGCUUGUAGUUAAAUUCAACUACUGCUAAUGUUUUGGGUAUUGAGGAAUGGUGUGUACUUCACAGGUCACUGGUUUUAUACUUCGUCUUAAACAUUGGUCGAAAUGCCGUGUUUGUUUUUGUUUUUAAUAUAUGUCCGUUUUUGUCCGUUUUGAUAUUGUACUGUUUUAUUUUACCUCUGUUUGUUUACUGUGUUAUGGCACUGAACUAAUAUAUAAAUACAGAAAAUAGGUUUUUGUUGUUGCCUGUCCUCUCAGACUACACAGCAUCCAAUGAAGAGAAUUAUAGUAUUAUUUACCCUUCACCACCAGCCAAAGACCACAUUUGAGACACACACAGUUACACCACCAGAGGGAAGCAAAGUACAAUGUUAAUGUUCCUUUCAUUUCAGCCACUCGCUUGUGCAAGGCUUCUCCCUUCUCCUAUGUGUUGAGGCUUGAGAGACUCACAUAGGUGAAUGGAUCAGAACAGAUAA